AGGCUGUGAGGUUUGAGCGACUACCACAAGAAGCCCGUGCAGACAUAGGCUAUAUUCCUGUAAGAACUGUCAACUGAACAGGUGGGACAACUGACUACCCAGACCUUAACAUCUACGCACAUUUGACUUCAAUUGUGAGGCUAUCAAAUACUCAUGUCCGCAGAGGAGAAUGAAUGCGUAUGGUCGACAGAGCAAUCAAGACAGUGUGGUGGUGCUGGUGCUGGUGCUGGUGGUGUGAAGUCAUGGGAGCUGGAGUCUCUCUCUGCUCGGACUCUGCACUUCGUGGAGCGUAUUGGGGAGCAGUACAUGUGUCCAAUCUGCAGCAGUGUCGUGCUGAAUCCCCACCAAGCAGGGUGUGGACAUAUAUUCUGCUACCAGUGCAUCCGUGUCAUGUUGGACAGCAAAACGAGUCCAAAGUGCCCAUUAGACAACGUGCUUAUCAAGUCAGAUGAGGUGUUUCAGGACAACUGCCGUCGAAGAGAACUGCUAAACCUGGAAGUGUACUGCACCAAUGCUUCAGCCUGCUCACACAAGAUCAUUCUAAGUCAUUUACAGGAACACCUGAAGUGUUGUGAGUAUGAGUCUGUCCAGUGCACUAACUACGGCUGCACAGAAGUAAUGCAGCGCAAAGAGCUGCAGGAGCAUCAGAAGAACGGCUGUGUGUUCCGUCUUGAGCUGUGUGCUCACUGUAGAAAACCCUUCCCACUGGCCCAGCUCAAGAAACAUGAACAAGCCAUUUGUCCUGAGGGUGAAGUGGAGUGUCCCAACAAAUGUGUUCAAAGGAUAAAAAGAAAUAAACUCCAUGAGCACGCCGACGAGUGUCCUGAAGAAGAGAUCGACUGCUCCUACCGCAAAUAUGGCUGCAGCACCAGGGCAAAGAGAGCUCAAGUUCAAGUCCAUGAAAGUACAGAGUUUAAUCACCAUGUUCUGCUGGUUUUGGAAAGCAAUAGUAUGCUGGAGAAAAAGGUGGAAGAGCUGCAGCAGGACCUGGUGCACAGGCACAGUGUGCUGCAGAACAACUGUCUGCUGCUGGACACGCUGGACAGGGAGGUGUCCAAAACUGACCGCACCCUCUCGGCCCUCAAUUGCUCUCUGGAGAAGCAGAGAGAGUGUGUGUCCAGUGUGCAGCAGCAGCUGCAGGCCCUAAGGUGUGUGCUGGGAGCAGACUUUGGCCAAGAGCAGCUGCAGAGCCUGAAAGCCUCGCUGGACUCUCUCAGACAGCGGGUGGACGCAGCAGAGGUCCUCCGGGAACACCUGGGUGUUCUGGAGCAGACGUGCCAGCGCCACACCCGCCUGCUGUCCAUCCACGUGGAGCAGCUGCAGAGCAACGAGGAGCGCUUCCGCCACCUGGAGUCCACCUCGUACGACGGCAAGCUCAUCUGGAAGAUCCGCGAGUACCGGCGCAGGAAGGAGUCGGGCGCCCCGCUCAGCGCGCCGCCCUUCUACACCAGCCGCAGCGGCUACAAGCUGAGCGCCCGCGUCUACCUGGGCGGCGACGGGCCCGGCCGCGACACACACCUGUCCCUGUACCUGAUGGUGAUGCGCGGCGACUUCGACUCCCUGCUGCCGUGGCCGUUCCGCCAGCCGGUGGCGUUCUCGGUGCUGGACCAGAGCGGAGCGAGGAGCCACAUCACCAUGGGCUUCACCCCGGACGCCGACAACGACAGCUUCCACCGUCCCCGCGGCGACGCCAACAAGGCCGCCGGCUACCACCAGUUCGUCUCCCACGGCAACCUGGAGGCGCCGAAGAAUGGCGUGUAUGUGCGGGACGACACCCUGUUCAUCAAGGUGCAGGUGGACACGGUGGGACUGGAGGACCUUUAGCAUCCUCUCAGCUGAGAGACACUUCACCUCUGGGCAGUGCUCUAGAUGUUGGGACACUGUGGCGCAAGAGGCUUCAGCGUCCACGCCAGCGUCCAGGCCAAGAGCCCUUGGGGACCCGGGUUUGAGUCUGGCCAGCGGUCAUUUCCUCAUCCCACCCUGACUCUCUCUCUUCCACUCCUCCCACCCCAUCUCUCUCUCCCACCAUCUCUCUCUCUUCCACUCCUCCCACCCUCUCUCUCUCUUCCACUCCUCCCACCCUCUCUCUCUCUUCCACUCAUCCCACCCUCUCUCUCUCUCUCCCACUCAUCCCGCUUUCGGUCAUUCUUCACUGUCCUAUCUGCAUAAAGACAAAGAGCCUCAAGAUAUUUUCUUAGAAAAACUUUGCACUGGCAAACUGAGAAUUAUGUGACCAAAAUCACACAAAAAAUUUUUUCAGAGGAAAUUAAAUCAAAUCAUUUACAGUAUGUGUAGACAGGUCAUAUUCACAAUUUUCAUCCAUUCAAUUUUCAUAAAGUUGUAAGUUAUAGAUGUCUGAAGUUAUUGUGUUAAUAAUUAACUUAAAAGUCCCCUGCAAUGUGAAUUCAACAGGCAGCCUAUAUGUUUUUUGUAAACAAAGCUAAACUUAAGCGUCUUACAAAUACAUCUUUGAAAAUUC